UGUCGCCCCCUGGUGGUCAGACUGUAGCACAGCCUUCACAAUGAGCAGCCCUAGAAAUGUCGUUGGAUCAAAUUCUUUGCGCGCUUUCUGCAAAAACAAAAUGAGUGGAAACAAGCUAGUUUGCUGUACUGUCUGACCACGGGCGGCCUUCAGUACGACUUGGAGCCGACUCAGGGCAUCAACACUGCCGCCAUGAAGAGAGAGGGCCUGCGCAUCCUGUUCCUCGGCGGUGAGUCUGAGCUCUUGAAUACACCUUGAAUAGCGGAGACAAAGAUGGACGACGGUGAAUGUGAUGACCGUCUGUCUGUUGUCUUGUCUGUCAGUUGGAGGUAAAGAGGCGCUGCGACCCUUUUGGCCCGACUACCUCCAGAAGGCUCUGCUGCUGGUGUAUGUGGUCGACUCCUCCAGCCCACAGCUUUUGCCACUGGCCAAGAAACACUUACACGAGCUGCUGACCUCCGACCCCCACUUGCCUUUAAUGGUGCUGGCCAACCAACAGGUGAGUGUGACAGAAGAACACUGUGUUUUAGACAAUACCCUGAGAAACCUCUCGUCUUCAAAUAACCUGGCUCAGUUCGUAAUUAGAGACUUUGGAAUGCAGCUUCUUCAGUUUGUGUUCAGACGAGCCGGUGAGAUUCAUCUCCACCAAGAUGUCUCCUCAUGUCGUCUCGCUCACGUUUUGCUGGAUCUUCCAGGCGCCUGCAACCUCAACAACCUCUACAACGCCCUGCCGGAGGGUCGGACGCCGCAGGUUGUUCCUCAUCGGCACCCAGGUGAAGAAGGGGGAGGCGGAGCUGAGCUCAGGCCUCGAGCCCCCAGAUGGUUUAUUAUAGUUCGAAAUGGUAUUUUAUAUAGUUUGAUCUUGCUGUUUCUUUGUUAAUUUCUGAUUGUCUGUCUUGUUCGACUGUGUAUCUUGUAUUUUGGGUAUUUUCACAAAUAAAGUUUCUUUAAAAAAGUUGGUGAGGGCGAGAUGAGUCACUGUGGAUUACAGCUGGUCGUCACUUCAUCCUGUGUUCUUGUUAAAAUGAAUCUGGUCGUCACUUCAUCCUGUGUUCUUGUUAAGAUGAAAACGGUUCUUUGCACUUUACACCAGUCCCUGACCGUGGAUGAAGAAAGUCUCGCAGCCAGAGGAGCAGCUGAGUUUUUGCCUGGUCACAGUGCGCUGUCUGGUUCCCUCUCCAUCAUCAUCAUCGUCGUCGUCGGGCUGUUGAACUCCACAGAGGCGCCGGCUGGAGGCGGCGAGUCGACGCUUUCCAGCCUGAAAGUGGAGAUGAGGGAUCAAGUCCAGAUUCGGUCCAUCCAACAGCGGGCCCGCCUCUGCGCUCGGGACCUUUCCAAGAAUCCAAUACCUGUCCAAGCACAGAAGAGACUUCUCAGCAGGGGACGGCCCCGCGAGGACGGGGAGGUGGGCUGCGUCUUCGGGAAGACCCCGCGUCCUUCCUCCAAGACGUCCCAGUACGAGUGCAUUGUCCGCCUGUCAACACCCAGAACCAGGGGCGGCGGUUCCCAGGACGCCGGAACGCUGCUGGCUCCGACCGGAGCCCGUUCCUCCGGGUCCAGAUGCCUGUCAGCACCACGACCACGCGGCCUAAUGACUCGCAAAACUCCCGGCCAGACGAUGACCGCACUGAGUGCUGUGUGACACGCAGCCGUGACCCGCCGCCUCGCUAUUGUGCGGCUUCUCUUGUCGUCAAGGGAUCCACAACAACGCCGACAUCAUCUGGGU